GGUGGCAGCAGAAGCCCCUCAGUCAUUAAAGUCAAAGGUUAAAAGUGUGUAAAGUAUUUUUUUUUCCAAUUCAAAUUAUUGCAUGACUACCCUCAUAAAUGUUGAGUUUUUGAUGUUUGAAUAAAUAAAAAUGGGGUCCUAGGGGCCAACAUGAGCGCCAGGUCUGAACAUGUCCCCUCAGCAUGGGCAUGUAUGGGCAUUGCCCUCGUCCUCUCAAUACAUCUACACAUAAAAGAAGAAGAAGAAGAAGAGGAAAUUCUGGGAAAUUUAGGUUGCCUCAUAAAGUGCACGUCAUUUCCUCCGAUGACCAAUGCGCGGUUUGGGCUCUUAAAAAAAAAAAAAAAAGUUCAAGUAGUGUGAUUAUGACAAGUCUGAGCAUUUGGAGGAGAAUGAGCGGACAUGCGAGGAGUAGCAUGCUUUGGACACGCCUGAAGAAGCCAGCAUCAACGCCGCUCGCCCUCCUGCUGCUGCUCCUGAUCCUGAUCCGGUCCCCAACAGUGUCCAGCAGCAGAGACCAGCAGUGUGCAAGUUCUGUGCAGCGGACCUUGAGACUGACCAGACUCAUCCACAAGGAAUCUGUGGAUCUCAUCAAAACAUACAGAGCCUCCCAAGGAGAUAUGUCCCACCUCUUCUGCAAGGUGUCCAUCCCCGACGUCCCCGAGCCCAACAUCUCCGGCCUGGAGCCCUCGGAGAGGACGGCGAGCAUCCUCCGCCACCUGCGGGCCUUCUCCUCUCACCUGAGGCGGGUCUACGAGCAGCAGACGGACCUGCAGCGCCCCGACAGCGGCCUUCUGGUCCAGCUGGACACGGUGGGGAGACGCAGCCGGGGCCUGGAGGCGCUCCUGCGGAACUUCUACCGGGAGGUUUUCCCCAACCUCCAGGACUGGCCGGCGGGGGCGCCCACCUCCCUGCCGCCCGCGCAGAACACCUUCCAGCAGAAGGUUUACGGCUGCGUGGUGUUGAAGACCUACAAGGACUUCCUGUUGAACGUCUGCAGGGAGCUGAGGAGCAUGAGAAGCCAGGUGUGCCAAAGGAGACGCAAUUUCCUGUGAGACUGUGAGUGCCUAUUUAUCAUAUUUAAUAUUUAUUUUUCUUAUGUAUUCUGAGCAAGCACCUUAAAUAUGUCGGGGUGAUUACAAGUACUUAUUGCAUCAAUAAUGUGCAUGCCCGGCAGCGUGAA